CGCGGCGAUUCGUGUUGAAACCACUGAACCGUGUCGCUCGUUUUUUGUUUCUGUUAAAAUGGCGUGGCGACGGUUAUCUUGUGUUAGUCCAACACUAAUCCUCGUAACAUUCCUUGCUUUGAUCCUCGUCACACACCUCCUUGGCCAGGACGGAGGACUGACAGAAAUCAUCCGAAAAUCGACUCUAAUAACUUCACCAGAAUCCAAACGCCCAGGAGCUGUCGCUGCACGAGAGCCCGCCAUAUUUUCCAUUCGUGACCAACUCUGUUUAAGAUGUGAGGACAGGAAUCCUACGUUAUAUUUUACCUCUUCAGAAGACGAUAAAAUCCCUACAGUAAACUUUGAGGACAAAUGUUUUUCACGCGCUGUUCGGAACUACUGUCCAGAAACCAACGGAAAGAGAGUUCCUAAUAUAGUCCAUUAUAUUUGGUUUGGUAUCAGAAAUAUGACUUUUUAUCAGUUGGUGAGUUUCCUCAGUGUCCACAAAUUCCAGAAACCGUGUCUGAUACUUGUUCACGGAGACGUCGUGCCCACAGGACCAUACUUGAAAUACUUGGUUCGUCGUGUGCCCUAUAUAAUCCACGUCAAUAUGACACCGCCUCACCGUGUGGAGAAUGGUCAUAUUCUCCGUACCAUGACCCACAAGUCGAAUAUUGCACGACUGAUGGUACUUAAAGAAUACGGUGGGGUAUAUCUGGACCUGGACACUGUCUUGCUCCGCUCCUUAGAUCCGCUGAUGGACUUCCCCGUCACCAUGAGCCUGGAAUACUGGUCUAACUUAUGGAACGGCCUCAUUAUAGCUGAACGAGAUCCCGUAUUUAUUCGACACUGGAUCAACCUUUUCCACAAACAAUACUACUAUGACCCUAAGAAAUACUUUGAAUUUUCUCUGUUCUUGCCGACUAGAAUCGCUAAGGCACACCCGUCGUGGAUACACGUGGAAAACAUGACAUUUUGUACUCCUCCAGGAAACAAAGUUAAUCAAAUCUUCAAUGAAAACUUCGAUUGGAAGCAGAACUAUGCUAUGCAUCUGUAUAUCAGGUAUUACAAACAAAAUGAUGACGUCACAAGUGUGCGUCGGCUGAACACGACAAUAGGAUCACUUGCACGCCUUAUCUUGUAUGAUACAAAGACAUUGUUAGAAGACUAGCUGUCCUGUUACUGCGAACAGUGUGAAGGCGAAGCUAAAAGCUAUCGAAAACAUACACCCAUACUACAUUUAGAAUAAAGUCUAGUUUAUGUU